ACCAGAGGAUCCACACUGGGGAGAAGCCCUACAAGUGUGGGGAGUGUGGGAAGAGCUUCAGCCAGAGCUCCCACCUCAUGAAGCACCAGAGGAUCCACACUGGAGAAAGGCUGUACAAGUGUUCCGAGUGUGGGAUGUGCUUCAGCGUGAGCUCCAGCCUGAUCGUGCACCAGAGGACCCACACUGGGGAGAGGCCCUACGAGUGUUCCAAGUGUGGGAAGAGGUUUCAGACCAGCUUCGUUCUCCUCCAGCACUAUCGGAUUCACAGAGAGGAGAGGCCCUUCCAAUGCCCCGACUGCGGGAAGGGAUUCAAGGACAACUCCGCCCUCAUCACCCACCGGCGCAUCCACACUGGGGAGAGACCCUAUGAGUGUGAUAAAUGCAGGAAGAGGUUUCCGACCAGCUCCAGACUCAUCCAGCACUAUUGGAUUCACACUGGGGAGAGGCCCUUCCAAUGCCCCAACUGUGGGAAGGGAUUCAAGCACAACUCCACCCUCGUCGCCCACCGGCGCAUCCACACUGGGGAGAGGCCCUACGAGGAGAAGCCCCACAAGUGCUUGGAAUGUGGGAAGGGUUUCAGCUCCAGCUCCACCCUGAUGGAACACCUGAACAUCCACACUGGGGAGAGGACCUGGGAGUGUGGGGAAUGUCAGAAGAGCUUCAGCCAGAGCUCGGAGCUGGUGCUCCAUGAGCAGCUCCAUGAUGGGGAGAAGCCCCACACGUGCGUGGAGUGUGGGAAGAGCUUCAGGCGGAACUCCGACCUGAUUGUGCACCAGAGGAUCCACACUGGGGAGAAGCCCUACGAGUGUGGGGAGUGUGGGAAGAGCUUCAGGGAGAGCUCCAGCCUGAUCAGGCACCAGAGGAUCCACACUGGGGAGAGGCCAUACAAGUGUUCCGAGUGUGGGAUGUGCUUCAACCAGAGCUCCAGCCUGAUCACGCACCAGAGGAUCCACACUGGGGAGAGGCCCUACGAGUGUUCCAAGUGUGGGAAGAGGUUUCCGACCAGCUCCAGUCUCCUCCAGCACUAUCGGAUUCACAGAGAGGAGAGGCCCUUCCAAUGCCCCGACUGUGGGAAAGAAUUCAAGCAGAAUUCUGCCCUCAUCCGGCACCGGCGCAUCCACACCGGGGAGAGGCCCUACGAGUGUGAUAAAUGCAGGAAGAGGUUUAAGUCCAGCUGCCAUCUUCUCCAGCACUAUCGGAUUCACAGAGAGGAGAGGCCCUUCCACUGCCCCGACUGUGGGAAGGGAUUCAAGCGCAACUCCCACCUCAUCAGGCACCGGCGCAUCCACACAGGGGAGAGGCCCUACGAGUGUCCCCAGUGCGGCCGGAGAUGGAGCCAGAGCUUGGAGCUGGUGCUCCAUGAGCAGCUCCAUGACGGGGAGAAGCCCCACACGUGCGUGGAGUGUGGGAAGAGCUUCAGGUGGAUCUCCAACCUGAUCAGGCACCAGAGGAUCCACACUGGGGAACGGCCCUACGAGUGUGGGGAGUGUGGGAAGAGCUUCAGCGUGAGCUCCAGCCUGAUCAGCCACCAGAGGAUCCACACUGGGGAGAAGCCCUAUGAGUGUGGGGAGUGUGGGAAGAGCUUCAGCGUGAGCUCCAGCCUGAUCAGCCACCAGAUGAUCCACACUGGGGAACGGCCCUACGAGUGUGAGGAGUGUGGGAAGAGCUUCAGCGUGAGCUCCAGGCUGAUCAGGCACCAGCGGAUCCACACUGGAGAGAAGUCCUAUGAGUGUUCCAAGUGUGGGAAGUGCUUCAGCUGGAGCUCCAGCCUGAACCAGCACCAGAGGAUCCACACUGGGGAGCGGCCCUACGAGUGUGGGGAGUGUGGGAAGAGCUUCAGCCAGAGUUCCCACCUGAUCAACCACCAGAGGACCCACACUGGAGAAAGGCCGUACAAGUGCUCCGAGUGUGGGAUGUGCUUCAGCCAGAGCUCCAGCCUGAUCACGCACCAGAGGACCCACACUAGGGAGAGGCCCCAUGAGUGUUCCAAGUGUGGGAAGAGGUUUAAGACCAGCUCCAUUCUCCUCCGGCACUAUCGGAUUCACAGGGACGAGAGGCCUUUCCAAUGCCCCGACUGUGGGAAGGGAUUCAAGCACAACUCCACCCUCAUCAACCACCGGCGCAUCCACACUGGGGAGAGGCCCUACGAGUGUGAUAAAUGCAGGAAGAGGUUUCCGACCAGCUCCAGUGUCCUCCUGCACUAUCGGAUUCACACAGAGGAGAGGCCCUUCCGCUGUCCCGACUGUGGGAAGGGAUUCAAGUACAACUGCAACCUCAUCACCCACCGGCGCAUCCACACUGGGGAGCGGCCCUACGAGUGUCCCCAGUGUGGGAAGAGCUUCUCCAGCAGCUCUAAGCUGGUGCUCCAUGAGCAGCUCCAUGGUGGGGAGAAGCCCCACACGUGCGUGGAGUGUGGGAAGAGCUUCAGGUGGAACUCCAACCUGAUUGUACACCAGAGGACCCACACUGGGGAACGGCCCUACACGUGUGAGGAGUGUGGGAAGAGCUUCAGCCUGAGCUCCCACUUGAUCGUGCACCAGAGGACCCACACUGGGGAGAGGCCCCAUGAGUGUUCCAAGUGUGGGAAGAGGUUUAAGACAAGCAGCCAUCUGCUCCAGCACUAUCGGAUUCACACAGAGGAGAGGCCCUUCCAAUGCCCCAACUGCGGGAAGGGAUUCAAGUGCAACUGCAACUUCGUCACCCACCGGCGCACCUACACUGGGGAGAGGCCCUACGAGUGUCCCCAGUGUGGGAAGAGCUUCUCCAGCAGCUCUAACUUGACCCGACACCAACGGAGGCACCACUAA